UGUGCUCAUCUGCCCAAAGUCAUCCCUGACUCGGAUGCUGAGCGGGAGGCCCCAUGGGCACAGUGUGCUUGGGACUGGGGUGGAGGGUGCUCCUCGGAGCCUUGCCCCUGUUCUCCUGGGUACAGCUCACUCCAGGGGUCAGUUCAAAGGAUGGGAGUGUAGGAGGGAGCCGGGCUGCUUAUCGAAGUGGCCAGGACUGGCCAACACAGGGCAUGGCCAAGGAGGUGGCCAAAGGCAUUUCUGGUGACCAAGAAAGGUGUCUCCAGGCCACCUGCUCCCUUUGCUUUCAUGAGGAGGAGAGUGGGCGUCUUCAUCUGCGUCACUGCCAUCUCAGCCCUCCCUGUAUGGGAGAGGGGGUCGAUGUCUGUGCCAGCCUGGUGCUUUCUGUGCAAUACAAGGAGUAUGGCUGCCCCCCGUGUGAUCUGCAGGGGCAGGAAGAGGACCCAGAGUCGCGGGACCCAUCCCUGUCUGCCUCCUGGGAGAAGAACAUUUUGAAAACAACUAGUAAAGAAGUGUUAUGUGUUGUUCGUGGAACAACGGGAGCGUCUCUGGAUCCGGAUAGAGGAGCUGACAGCUCCCAGGGACUUCCACCUGGCACUUCCCUCAACUCCAGCCUCUCAACAUCCCAGUCUUGUUCCAGGAGGAUCUACCUCCUUAUUCCAUGUCCUCCUGCAGUCGCCCAAGCUCAAGAUCCUGAUGUCAUGAAUCAUAUUAUUUGUCACUUCUGGGAAACAGAGGCUCAGGCACCUCUCAAUCUCGAGUUCCAUGUUUCCAUGGCUUCUGGACUGGCUCUUUGUCUGGUGAUGGGCUUUGGAGACAGUUCUAGAGUUGAAAUGAGGCUCCACAACACGUCUGAGGCAAUGGCGGUGACUGCCUGCCACCAGCGUGAGACAGCUGUCUCUGUCUACACAAACGGAACUGUGUUUGCCGCAGACACGGACAUUGUGUUUGCAGCUGUUACCAAGGCAAUGACACCCCUGGAGUUUGCAUGGUAUUUUGGGGAGGACCCACCAGUGAGGACAACUUCAAGAAGCAUUAAAAAAAGAUUCAGCGUCCCCCAAUGGUAUCUUGUGACGGUCAAGGCAUCUGACAGGGUCAGCAGUGUGGUCUCUGAGCCCCACCUCAUCAGGGUACAGAAGACUAUUGUGGCCAAUCGGCUCGUGUCCCCUGCCUCAGCUCUGGUAAACGCCACGGUGGCCUUUGAGUGCAGGAUCAACUUUGGCACAGAUGUUGCCUACCUGUGGGACUUUGGGGAUGGCACUGUCACCCUGGGGAGCAGCACCAGCAGUCAUGUGUACAGCAGGGAAGGCCAGUUUGCUGUGGAGGUCCGUGCCUUCAAUGACAUCAGCGCCACCACCCUACGGAAGCAACUUUUCAUCGUGAGCAAACCCUGCCAGCCUCCCCUGGUGAAGAACAUGGGGCCUGGGAAGGUCCAGGUAUGGAGGUCUCAGGCUGUGAGGCUGGGAGUGACAUUUGAAGCUGCCGUCCUCUGUGACAUUUCCCAAGGCCUUUCUUACACCUGGAGCUUGACAGACUCCGAGGGGUCCCCUGUCCCCCUCCUUGCUGCUGUCAACACUCACAGACAGACCCUCGUCAUUCCGAGCUACACACUGGAGUCUGGGAACUACACCGCCCUUGCCAAGGUGCAGAUUGAAGGCAGCGUGGUCCAUAGCAACUACUCCGUGGGCCUGGAGGUGCAGGCCCAGGCCCCAGUCAGCGUGAUCUCCGAAGGCACACACCUGUUUGUACCUAGGACUGCCUCACCCCUCAUUGUCCUCCGGGGUACCCAGUCCUUUGACCCAGACAAUCCUGAGGCCACUCUCAGGUACCACUGGAAGUGCACAGCCGCCAGCUUACCUGGGCAGCCCUGCUUCGCCUCCUCCACUCCACACCGACUGGACACCUGGGCUCCCACCUUCUCCUUUGUAGCAAAAUGGCUCAGUGGCAGCUAUGACCAGUUCCUUGUGACACUGACUGUCUCCAGUGGCCUCCGGAACUCUUCUGAGGCCCAAGCAUUCCUGUCCACCCGCUCUGACUCGGCCUUCAGAUUCAUCCACAUCUCCUGGGUCAACUUUAAAGAUACCUUUGUCAACUGGAAUGAAGAACUUUCUCUGCAAGCUGUGUGUGAAGGCUGUGGUGAAAUCCCAAACCUGUCCUAUUCCUGGGAUCUCUUUUUAGUCAAUGCAACAGAAAAGAAUAGGAUGGAAGUUCCCUUUUGCAGAGCUGCAGGGCUGCUGGGCUCAUCAGGAUUCAGUGCCAUUCUAAAGUCAUCAGAGCCAAGCCCACUGUCUUCUGAGCCCACCAUGCCAGACCCUGACGUGACAGCCACACUAUCCUCACGCGAGCUGUCACUUGAGACCCUAAGCCAGACUGCCCUGUCAGCCCUGGGGAGACCUGCCCCAGAGCCCACUGCUGGCGUCCCCCGGAUCCCUGCUGCUGGAGACUCUGCAGUCCCAGGGGAGGUUCCCAAGGAAGAGCCGCCAGGCCCAGAGCCGGGGCCACGAGGCGAGGGUGCCCUGAUGACCGGCCCCCCUGAGAGAAGUGGGCCCCCAGCCAACCCCGCUCAUCAUCUCUCUGAUUUUGAAGCCUAUUACGGUGAUGUCCAAGAAGCAAUACCGUCCAGAGGAAGACAGUUAGGGAACAAUGCCACCCUCCCAGGGUCAGGACCAAGUCUGAGUGUGGAGGAAGAGACCCCCGGUGAGGGGGAUAACCUAUUGGGCCCUUCUGCCUCCAAGGACAGAGCCGUGUCUGUGCUCCUGGUUGACUGGCCCAAGGCUCUGCUGGGCCGAGCUCUUUUCCAAGGCUAUGCUGCCUCAGGUAUCACAGAACAAACAGUGACAAUCAAGCCAUUUUCACUGAGCAGUGGAGAGACAUACGUCCUGCAAGCGUCUGUGGCUUCCGAGCAGCGCUUACUAGGUAAAGCUCAGCUCUACGUGACAGUCAACCAAGCUCCGGGGGACGUGGCCUGCCAGGUGCAGCCCCCCCGCGGCCUAGAGGCACACACCGUCUUCAGCAUCUUCUGCACAUCAGGAAAGCCGGACUUUCUUUAUGAAUUUAGCUACCACGUAGGAAACGCCUCCACACACACUUUAUACCGAGGGAGAGACUCCCAGUAUUAUUUCUCUCUGCCAUCUGGUGAGCCCUUGGACGAUUACAGAGUUCUGGUUUCCACUGAGAUCACAGAUGGCAAAGGCUCCAAGGUACAGCCCUGCGCUGUGGCGGUGACCGUGCUGCCAUACUACCGUGGGAGUGACUGCCUGGACGAGGGCCUAUAUAACUCCAGCCUGAAAAGCCUGAUUACACUCCAGUUGAUGGGGAAUUACAUAGAAACCAGGAACUACAUCACCAUGACCACCAAGAUCCUGAGUCGUUUGUCAAAGGAGAACAGAACCGCCUCAUGCGGCCAGUGGUCACGGAUACAGGAUGCCUUGAUUUCUUCCGUGUGCAAAUUAGCUUUUGCAAAUGAGGAAGAAAUGGCCGAUUCUGUUCUUAUGUUGAGAAACCUCAUAAGCUUCUCUAAUAAGCUCAGCCGUGUGAGUGCCGUCCUCAUCCUCAAGUACUCCCGGGCUCUCCUUGCUCAAGGCUGGUUCUCGGGAAGGUAUGUGACUGACAGAGGCCUCAGGCUGGAUCUCAUCCAUCUCAUAUCCAGAGUCUGGGACAUCUCUGAGCAAGAGCAAUCCAGGGGUCAGGACUAUCUGGGAGAAGAGGCAAUCGCCAUCAUCACAGAUGUACUGCUCGGCUGUUUGGCACUGACCCACAUUAGCGCUGGGCAGAUGGAGUUCCAGACGCUUCUUCAUCACAACCUUCAGAGCUCUGUCCAGAGCCUGGGCUCCGUCCAGGUGCAUUUACCUGCUGAUCUCACUGGGCACAGUCCUGCUGGGGCAGAAACGCAGAGUCCGUGCUACAUUAGCCAACUCGUACUCUUCAAGAAGAGCCCAUAUCCAGAGCCCCAAGCUCCUGGACAGAUCAGUGGAGUUGUUGGCCUCACCCUCUACAACUGCUCCAGCAAAAGGCCCAUCAACAGACAAUGGCUAAGGAAACCCCUGGCCCUGGAGUUUGAGGAGGAAGUCAGCCCAGAUCAGAGGAGAAAUACAACAACAUUUGUAUUGCUUCGGGAUAAAGUAAAUUUCCAUCAGUUCACUGGACUUUCUGAAAACCCCCAGGAAUCUCUGCAGAUAGAAAUCAGAUUUUCUAAACCCAUCACUAGAGCCUUCCCCAUCAUGUUACUAGUAAGAUUCUCAGAGAAACCUACACCUUCUGACUUUCUUGUGAAACAGAUCUACUUCUGGGAUGAGAAUGUUAUACAAAUGUAUGUACCUGCUGUUUCACAGAAAGAUGCCAACAUAGGCUAUUUAUCCUUAUUAGAUGUUGACUAUGACAGAAAAGCUCCAAACAAAUAUUUAGUGAAGGCAGUGAACUAUACCAUUCAUUUCCAAUGGAUCCGAUGCCUGUUUUGGGAUAAGAAAGAGUGGAAGUCUGGAAGUUUCUCUCCACAACCGGGAACUUCUCCUGGAAAAGUUAACUGCAGUUAUGAUCGCCUCGCUACGGCAUUCUCUGUCCUGCGAAGAAGGCUGAAUGCCAGUUAUGAAGCAAGUGACAUUUCCCAGUUACAGAGUCACCCAGAAAACCUGCUUCUUGGCAUUUUUAUUGUGGUUUUCAUGAUUUUUUAUGGCUUUUUGGUUGCUAAAAGCAGACGAGUAGAUCAUUAUGAAAUGAAGAAAGCCGGGUACAUCUUUCUGCAGGAAGCACCCCCACCAGGCCACUCACUGUAUGCGGUUGUCAUCGACACUGGCUUCCGGGCCCCGGCCAGGUUCACCUCCAAGGUUUACAUUGUUUUAUGUGGUGAAAAUGGACUUUCAGAAACCAAAGAGCUCUACUGUUCAGAGAAGCCCCUGUUUGAACGGAAUUCCAGACACACCUUUAUCCUGAGCGCUCCUGACCAGCUGGGCCCACUGCGGAAGGUCCGCCUCUGGCACGACAGCAGUGGGCCUUCCCCGGGCUGGUUCCUCAGCCACGUGAUGGUGAAGGCGCUGCACACAAGACAGGGCUGGUUUUUCCCUGCCCAGUGCUGGCUCUCGGCAAGCUGGUGCGACGGCCGUGUGGAACGGGAACUCACUUGUCUGCAUGGGGGGCUCGGCUUCUGGAAGCUUUUCUACUGUAAGUUCACAGAGUACCUGGAGGAUUUCCACGUCUGGCUCUCAGUGUACAGCCGGCCCUCCUCCAGCAGGUACCUGCACACGCCCCGCCUCACCGUGACCUUCUCCCUGCUGUGUGUCUACGCGUGUCUCACUGCCCUGAUCACCGCUGCAGGGCAAGACCAGCUCCUGUUGGAUGUCGGCCCCCCUGGCGUGAUGCCUAGGCCCUUCAGGACCGGUCUCCUGUGUGCCUUCCUGGCUUCUCCAGGGGCCCAGCUCCUGUCGCUGCUCUUCAGACUCAGCAAGGCAGCCGCAGGGCCUUCCCAGGCUGAACCUCUUGGUCCCAUGGGAGGAGCGCAGACGGAGGCCACUCGGGGCCCUAAUUCCCGCAGAAGGACCCCAGAUGCGCAGGAGAUGAGCAGGCACCAUGCUUCAGUCACUGUGUUGGGGAAUGCUUGGACAAAGGCGGCAAGCAGCGAUGGUGCAGCCUGUCCACCCCCCGAGCUGGAGGCCCAUGGUGCCAACCAUGGUGGGACUGCUCUGAGAGGGGAGAGCCGGCUCUGCCUUCCCCGUUCACAAGCCCCCAGCAGUGGUCUGGCAGGAGUCGCACCCCGAAGGAGGGCCCCUUUGCCAUGGGCAGGCUCUGCAGUGUGGGCCAUUUGUGUGACGCUUUCCCUGGGCUGUGGCAUGGGGACAGGAUUUCUAGGCUACAGGUUCAGCCCGGCGCAGUGUGUGUGGUGGCUGCAUCUGCUGUCCCUCUCCGUGGCCUGCUGUGUUUUUGUCACCCAGCCACUAAUGAUAUGCCUCAUGGCCUUGGGUUUUGCUUGGAAAAGGAGAGAUGACAACCAGUUUUUUAGGGAGUCUUUAUGUGACGCCACCAGGAAUCUGGACUCUGAGCUGGAAGAACGAUCCCGGACCCGCCUUCUGCUUUCCUCAAGCUGUGGCUUUCCUGACUGUGCAGCCGAAGUUGAACAAGUGUUGGCUGCUCGACAGCAAGCGCGGCGCCUGCGCUGGGCAUGUCCACCAUCUACGGCCCAGCUCAAGGUCACCAGGGAGAGGAUGAGGAGAGAGAGCCGCAUGCAGGCUGCCCUGAGAGACCUUUCCACGUACAUCCUCAUGCUGCUUCUGCUUUUGUGUAUAACAUAUGGGAGAUUCUCCCAGGAUGAAUAUUCUCUCAAUCAAGCUAUCCGGAAGGAAUUUACAAGAAAUGCCAGAAAUGCCUUGGGAGGCUUGAGGAGUGUGGCUGACUGGUGGGACUGGAGUCUGACGGUGCUGCUGGACGGUCUGUACGAGGGAGGCCCUGCGGCAGCCAGCGGGCCAGGGGCUCAGGCCGGAGCUCUUGGAGGAAAAUGCUUCCUAAUAGGAAGUCCAAUAAUCCAGCAGCUAAAAGUUUCUCCCAGCAGUUCCAGCAAGCCUCUGGGGACAUUUUCAGCUCUCACUGAAGACCCUCUUCCCACAUGCAACCCCGAAGUUAGAGGCCCCAAGAGCCCCAACCUGACUGAACCACAGAACCAAAAUGUGACCCCAGACAGUCCCAGGGGCUGUGGGGCAAGGGAGGACUGUGUGCUUAGUCUGGGCAGAACCAGGCGCGAAGCCCACAUGGCCCUGGCAGGACUCAGGGCCAGCAGGUGGAUUGACGGCAGCACCAGGGCCGUGUCCGUGUACUUCACCCUCUACAACCCUCCAACACGGCUCUUCAGCAGCCUGUCUGUGAGCGUGGAGAUCCUCCCCACAGGGGGGCUGGCACCUUCGUACCUGGUGGAGUCAUUCGGCAUCUUCUGCAGUGACUCAGCUGAGAGCCACCUCCUCCUGCUUCUCCAGCUGGUCCUCCUGGUGCUCAGCCUGGUUCACUUCUGUCUUCGGCUCUACAGUAUGAUGGAGAAGGACGUUCUUAUCUGCUGGAGAAAACCAAGAAACUGGCUGGAGCUCUCUGUGACUGGAGUGAGCCUCGCCUACUAUGUGGCCUCCAGCUACCAGGUGACACUUGCCAGAGACGUCAUCGACCAGCUCCACCAAGGACUUAGCCAAGUGUGUCUGGACCUCACCAUCAUGGCAUCCUGGAACCAGAGGGUGCGGUGGCUCCAGGGAAUCCUCCUGUUCCUCUUGAUGUUAAAAUGCAUCUACUUGCCUGGCAUCCACAAAACAAUGGUGUCCUGCGCCUCCGUGAAGCGCCCCAGCGUCUUUGUGCCAGUGGUGGCCGGGGCCCUGCUGCUGGCUGCCGGCUCCCACCUGCGCUGGGCUCUGCCCUCCACCGGGGCCCCACCGUCUGGCACUUUCACAGGCUCCUUCCCAGGGCUGCUGCUUCGUCUUCCAGGAAGAAACCAGAGAGACUUGUUCCUUGGCCUUUCUGAGUCGGACUCAGGGGCCGCCCGUUACUGUGUGGCCCUUUCUACAGUAACAACCCUUCUGUGUUUGGGAAUGCUAAAAAGUUCCCUCAUGUCUUUAACCAGAAAAAGAAAAUCUAGUCAAAGUAAAUAUCUCGUGAGACUUAAAGAUGUCGCUGCUUACACAUGGGAGAAGGCUGUCACCUUCUUGGGUCUGGAGAUACCAAAGUUGGAAGAGGUGGAGAUGGCUGAGAAUCACAAUUACUACCUGGAUGAAUUUGCAAAUCUGUUAGAUGAACUUCUGAUGAAGAUUAAUUGUUUGUCCGACAGCCUACAACUCCCUCUUCUGGAAAGACAAUCCAGCAGUGUAAGGGAGGGAGGGGCAGAAGACAGACGCUUGGUGGGCAUUUCUAGUUACCAAACCACUGAGCAGACAAGAGAAUGGCCCUAAUCAGAAAUCUCCAAAACAAGAAGAGCCGCCUCUGGACACCUCCUUUCUCCAACCCAGCCUAUGGUUUGUCCUUGUUCCUAUGUAUCUUUUAAGGGUGAAAUUUGUAAAACACGAAGGCAUCUGAGCUCGUGAAUUGCUCUGGUUUUUACCCAGUGAGAUUCCAGCCAUGUCUGUGGCCCUCACACCAUCUGUUCCCACUUACUGCUGUACCAAGACCAAGACAGGGGAGGGGAGGGCUCUUAGACUGAAAAGGUAGAGUCAAUAUUUUUGGAAGCUGAAAAAUUCUGGGUUAUUAGUAUCAGAGUAAUAUAUUUGUAUCAGUAACCAAAUAUCUCCAUAGAGAACACCAGCAGAAAAUAUGGGUGAGAGGAUUAGAGAAUUUAGCAAAGCACAGAACCCUGGGAACUCUGCCUGAAUCAUAAAUCGGUUUUGUUGACAUGGUAGUUGAGCUAGCUGACAAUUUGCUCCUAAAGAAACAGCACAUUUCAGUUUACCUUAGCCAUGAAAGGCUCAGCAGAACUUUUGAACAGCAUCAUAUCCCAGACAGAAGUCAACAAAGGAAUCCAAGUCUGCCAGUGAACGCAAGGAAUCAGGCUGUCCACAGGCACUACCUUGAUAAUUUGAUCUCCGGUCUCAGGUGACAGGGCCGCUUGACUGCACGUGUAGCCAUCUGACCUUUUGGGAAAACAUCUGUCAGCAGUGUCUAAUUUCUUCCACUUCUGGAUCCAGAUUUGCUACCUUCGCCUUAAUAAAUAAGUGGAAAUGUUUGCGGUGCUAGAGACAACAAUGUGUAGUUUUGUCAUUCUAUAGAGCACAUAAAUUACCACAGUGAAGGCCAGAAAAAGAAUGUGUUUUCAAAGUCUUAAGGUUCUCUCCACAGGAUAAAAAGUCCUCAUUUAGUUACUAACAAAACUACCUGCUAGUUCAGUAUUAUUUCUUGAAGGAUAUGGUCAUCAGUGUCCAAGUCCAUGUCCACGCCCAGCCGACACACUGUGCUGGGUCAGAGAAGAUGCUCGUAGGACAGAGGCCAGCCCUGAAAACCGACUUCUAGUGAGACUAAGAAUUUCAUACCAGAAGUGGAUGAAGGUGGAACUUUCCAGGUCAUAAGUGUCUUCUGCAUUAGAGAUAAAUAGUUGCAUUUCAGUUGCCCUAGUCUUUAUUCUAGAUUUAGACACACUGGAAGUCGGUAAAUCUUAGGUCAAAGACUUUUGCAGCACAUCAAAGGAUAGAAGUUGCUUAAUUGCACAGAAGAGAAAUUAUUUUCCUCAUCUUCCUCAAACUUGAGUAGGAGUCACCAGGUCUGUGUGUGUCCUCAGGGGUCUCAUCAGCAUUCUUUGUGCUAAUCUCCAGGAACUUCACCUGCUGUGCUUCUUUUGUUCUCUGCCAAUGUUCUUUUAACCCACUCUGGAAACUGCACCAAGCAGAAGGUCUUUACUCAGGCAUGAAAACUAGUUCCUCUAACCUUUUCUCCACAUGGAAGUCUGUCCCAUGGGAGGUGUUGUGUUCCUCCUCCUGCCCUGGUGAGCCCACCACCUCCGUACCUAUGGGAUGUGGCUUUGAGUCACCUCAUCUGCUAGUGGACUUCUGGUGAUUCUCUUACAGCCCUGGUAGUACUUUUUGUGUCUUCCCAGAACAGCAGUCCAAGAGCGAGAAGAUCAGGAAGAAAGUGUGAGAGGGCCAGACCAGCGCCAUUUUGUUGUUUACUGCCUAAGUUCUGUUCCUCAUUUUGAGCCCUCGCGCCAUCUUAGAUAAUAAACUUCAGCUUCCCCAAAACCCUGGCCUUUCCCUGAAAUCAAGCACCCCAGUCAGCCAAUCAGAAGCGCUCCCCACCCUUCUUGCUUCAUACCACCCUAAGACCCCAGUUAGGAAAUCCCCCACCCCUCAUACCUGUACCAAUCCAGAGCCUCCCCGUACUUCCCCAAACCCUGACCACCAAUCACCCAUACUUCCCCAUACCCCGACCACCAAUCAAAAAUGUACCCCACCCCUCUUCACCCUUCUUGCUUUCUGUACCCAAUAAAACUUUCCAACCCCCUAGGCUCGGGGCCUUCCUUGGUAUGUUUGCCAAGAGAGGGUCUGAGCUCGAGCUUGCUAAAUAAAGCUUGCCUCUUGCUUUUA